GUGACUGCGCCGUAACACGUCGAGGGAGGGAGCGAGGCGUGUCGCAAAAAAUGUCGCCGUGGUACUUGGCUCUGGUCUUCCGACACGGCGCUUUACGGUGCUCAUAGACGCUGCAGAGCUGGGAGAUGUCGGCGGCUGGACUAGCGGAACCCCUGGGUUUUGCCGGCAGCUUUGCGAAGCGGGUCCUGGUGACCGGGGGUGCUGGUUUCAUUGCGUCACAUGUGAUUGUCUCUUUAGUAGAUUAUCCAAACUAUAUGAUCAUAAAUCUAGACAAGUUGGAUUACUGUGCAAGCUUGAAGAAUCUUGAAUCCAUUUCUAACAAACGAAACUACAAGUUUAUACAGGGUGAUAUAUGUGAUUCUCAUUUUGUGAAACCUUUUGAAACAGAGAAGAUGGAUAUAGUACUACAUUUUGCUGCACAAACACAUGUAGAUCUUUCAUUUGUCCGUGCAUUUGAGUUUACAUAUGUUAACGUUUAUGGCACUCAUGUUUUGGUAAGUGCUGCUCAUGAAGCCAGAGUGGAGAAGUUUAUUUACGUUAGCACAGAAGAAGUCUAUGGGGGCAGUCUUGAUAAGGAAUUUGAUGAAUCUUCCCCCAAACAACCUACAAAUCCUUAUGCAUCGUCUAAAGCAGCUGCUGAAUGUUUUGUACAAUCUUACUGGGAACGAUACAAGUUUCCAGUUGUCAUCACAAGAAGCAGCAAUGUUUAUGGGCCACAUCAAUACCCAGAAAAGGUUAUUCCAAAAUUUAUAUCUUUACUGCAACACAACAGGAAAUGCUGCAUUCAUGGAUCAGGGCUUCAAAGAAGAAAUUUCCUUUAUGCUACUGAUGUUGUAGAAGCAUUUCUCACUGUCCUCAAAAAAGGAAACCCAGGUGAAAUUUAUAGCAUUGGAACCACUUUUGAAAUGUCAGUUGUCCAGCUUGCCAAAGAACUAAUACAACUGAUCAAAGAGACCAAUUCAGAGUCCAAAAUGGAAAAUUGGGUUGAUUAUGUUAAUGAUAGACCUACCAAUGACAUGAGAUAUCCAAUGAAGUCAGAAAAAAUUCAUGGUUUAGGAUGGAAACCUAAAGUGCCUUGGAAUGAAGGAAUAAAGAAAACAAUUGAAUGGUACAGAGAGAAUUUUCACAACUGGAAGAAUAUGGAAAAGGCAUUAGAAUCCUUUCUAGUACAACCCCCUUGUGUAUCAUCAGCGAUUUUCAGAGAAAGAGAAAAUGAUCCUACCUCAACAGGCAAUAUGCAAUUAAGUGACCAAAUGAAGCACCUUCCUUUCAUUUGGAAUGAGAUCAUAACUUUUUUGUAUUAAGUUUAAAUCUGAAAUGUCUCAGUCUUUGGAAGAGUAUUUAUACUGGCCCAAAACUUAAAUAUCAGCAUUAUUUCAGAAAACUCCUCCUGAAAACUAGGGGGUAGUAAGCCUAGCAAGACUCUUUAGAGGGGAGGCAGGAAGGAAUCUUCUGGUUCUGAAAACAGAGACAGGCAGUGGCUCUGGGUGGAUGGCAGCCUUGACUGGUUUUCAGCUCACUCAGCUUCCCAGCCUUUCCCAGGGCCAAGGGAGUCUCAAGUUUUCAUUUGUAAGCAAUGUAUGAUGAAUAUUAUGCUCUAAUUCAUCUUUUUUUAGUCAGAUGUUAUGCUAUAGUUGCUUUAAAAAUGGAACAAAGUGGAAGCAUAUCUAGCACUUUUUAACUUUGGAUAAUUUUGUAAAAUUAAAUGCUUUUUAAAAGCAGUAUGAAAAGUUUUUAUACUUUCAAAAUCAGUUGUUGACCUAUAAAUAACCCGUCUCGGAGAAUUUUUAUCAUGUGUUUACUGUGUUAAGUGAUUUUAUUAAUAAAAUUGUCAUUAUUUUAUUGUAUUUAAUGUAGAAUGUGGCUUUUAAAAU